GCCGAAUAACAGCUGAAACCCCAUCUCAGGGCUUUAUAAUCCUGGAAUGAGCUGCAGCAGCUGUGCUGCUCCAGAGGAUGCAAGAAGCAGGCUGGAGUGGGAAUUACUGCCUGUAAUCCUUUUCUGCCUGCCCUUCCUGCUGCCCACCACGGGAACAUGAAGGCUGUUUCUCUCCAGGUCCUGUUUGUGCUGAGGGUCUUGUGCCUGGUGACCCUGGCCGGAGGGCAACCCAAAGCACCUCUGAAGUGUUCAAAAGAGUGCGGCCAUUUUACCUCUGAGAUAGCGGAGAAGCGGAUCAGGAGCUACCGCUGGACGGAGCCCCGCUGCCGCCAACAAGCCAUCAUAUUUACUACUCUGAAGUCCAUUGAGAUUUGUGCGAAUCCAAACAUGACGUGGGUGGAGAAAAUUGUAGCGAAACUGGACCAGAAAAAGGCUGCAGCCUCCCCGCUUCCACGUGAUGCCACCUCGGCAGUGGCACCAGAAGAGCCCCAUGGUUUUCAGAAACACGUUGGUCUUACAGUAACGGCUCCAUCUCAAACCACUGCUCCAUCUGGUUUCUUCCAAGGGGCUGGCGCAACAGUUUUGGAGAGAAUGCAUGUUCCUGCUGCCAGGACAGAGGUGUCCAGCAAAUCCCCACCAGCCACGCGGGACACCCCCUGGCUCCCUGGAGGAUCAUCCCCUGCGAUAGGGGAAGCUGUUGCCCGCUCUGAAGUCACUCCAGCAGCAAAAAGAGAUUCCUUAAAAUCUCCUGCACCUGCAAUAAUUUUUGCUGCAGGCAUGGCCUCCAGCCAGCCCAUGCCAUAUCCCACGCUUCUUGUGCGUGGCUUUGACAACGCUGUAGGAUCUACAGGAGGACCUGUAGGCCAUACUGCAAAUACUGCGCCUGACGUUCGAGAUAUGACUUCUCCUAGUUCAAAUUCAGACCCCAUGGCCAUUAUUAAAGGAUCAGACCAUCCUGUACUUUCUAGUUCAGAUCUCCCCUCCAUUCUGGACAGCAUGGAGAUUGCCACAGUCCCAGCCACACUGGUUCCACCAGAGACUACUUCAGUUUCUACUCUAAACUCCACAACUGCCAUAGACCAAGGUCCUUCUGUCCAUGCCGAUAAGGUUGUCAGUUCCUUUGUAGAUGCUUCUGGUACUAGAACACUUGAUUAUUCAUCGCCUGUGGGAAAGCAAGAGCCUUCAGAUACGUUAGUUUUCACUAAUCAAGCAUUCCUAGGCCAAGCCAGAGCGCAGAUGACUACAGAAAGACCAAAUGAUCUGGCGCUUCCCAGCUUCUUGUCAAGAUCUCAAAUGCAUUUUGUCAUCCCAGCUUGUGUGGUAGGUGGUCUGAUGGCUUGCAGUGUUGCUUUUGUAUGGCUUUAUCUAAAAUUUGGAGUCAAAACAGAAGAAACGUCAAGAGAAACGGUACAGGGCUUGCUCUAUCAGAAGGAGAGACAUCAAAACGAUGUCUAUCCAAUGGAAGUAAUCUGAAUACUUUACGGCAUGGAUGUUUUUGGCCUAAACUAGAUGUGUGAUGUUGCAGGAAAGCUAAGUUUAUGCUGAACUGGUGACCAAUAGGAAGCAAGGCAGGGAAUAAGGAUACCAGAGAAAACUGAUUUUUUUGCAGAGCAGAAUGUCCAAAAAUCUAUCUAAUUUGUCAUUGACCAAUCACUUUAUUCUGGAAAUAAAUGAGACAGCCCUGUUACGUACAAAGGCUGUUGCUGUUCCAGAGCUGCUUGGUGGCCCUUUGCCAGGCGGUGGCCAGAAGUGAAUUUCCAAACUGCUGUUGGGAAUUUUUCCGCGUUUGACCAUGGCCCGGCCGAGAAGCCACCCACUCACCCAGGCUACUGGACUCAGGCUCAGCCACCUUGAGCAACCCUAACACCAAGACCACGCAAUUUGCACUUAACGAACUCUCUGCUGCUGCUUUCUUUGCACUUCAGGCGGCUGCUCUGUCAGGCCAAGACCGAUGCUGGUGGUCAGCUGGGUGCUGGCUCUCCUUGGGCCGAUCAAAUACCCCGUUUACUCGUGCUGGAGACACGAGGGGUCAUCUCACUUUUCAGACAGAGGCGACGAAAAUCGCAUCUGAUAAGGGAACUGAAAGUCAGCGCUACAGAUUUCGGGUUCAGAGGAGCUGGCAACCCACAAUCUACCUCCUUGAAAUCAGGCCGCCUUUCUCUCCAACAGCUAUGGGCGUUUCUUCUUGCAGCUUUGCUCUGAGACCUGGUUCUUGGCAAAUCAACUGCAAUAAAUCCCUUCCGCCAGCUGCUGCGCCCUGUGUCCAGCUGCCUCCAACACCAGGGCAGGAUACUGUCCAUCAGCCUUUGUAAAUGGGACAAAGCAAGAAGUCACCCAGUAAUUUUGCCUGUCCUGUGAUAACCCCAUUGGAGGGGCUUUGCUGUUUCUUGCAAGCAUGAACCCCCGGAAAUACUCUCUCGGAGGAGCUAAACGCAAUUCUGGAUUUAGUCACAUAGGAAUUACUCCACCACAGCGGAUGUACCACCCUCCUGGUCCCCAUUCUGUCUAGAAAUAAGCAUAUUUACUGAUCCACAGAAAAGCACAAACUGCCCGUUCCCGGUCCUACACUUCAGCCGCGUUUUAGUUUUUCUUUUUUUGGAUAGGGCUGAUCACCGGGCUGAUAAAGCGCCGUAACAGUACCAGGCUUUUUUUUUUUCUUUUUUUAACCCAAACUGGGUUUGAUUUUCACACGCAUAGCCAUUGAUGUGUGUAAGCCUUAUCUUUUUAUCUGUGGUCAGUUCCUGCAAGUUGUUAUUAAACGUUGACUCCAGUGUGAAUUCUGCUGGAGAGUGCAAAGGUCUUCACGAUUUGAUGCUUUGUAAGUAGAGAUACAAAUCAAGGCUCAGAUCCUCCUCUAACCAACCCCAGUGGAUCAGAUCCCAAAGUGUAAAUACGCACGUAGGAAAUGGAAGGCAAACCCACAUAAUAAGCAAGAUAAUCAAAGCAAAAAUGAUGGGCCAGAUGUAAGUCAGGGCUAGAGGAAGGCGACCUAUUAGAUCCACCAGAUCACACCUUCAGGGCAUCUGUCCAGCCCUGGAGGUGGAGAGGAUGGACUGCAAGGGCGUUUGCUCUCUGCCGUCAUUUGAUUGCUUGUUUCUGCAGUUGGUUGACUUGAGAGAGGGGAGCCAGGGGUUCACCUUGGGCUUUGCAAGCGCAGAAUGCAAUCAGAUUAAUUGUAAUUAGGAAUUGGGGGUGAAACCCCUCCUUGUACAGCCCAGCCGUGUGACGCUGGCUGGGGUUGAUUUACCUGGAGGGUAAAUCGGGGCUGUCAGCGCUGGCUCCCCGUCCACCUCGCAGUUUGUGAGGCUGCGUACCAUGGCAUUAUUUUUAUAUGAAACGCUAGAAAGUUUAUUUUUGUAGUGAAGUUUUGUAGCCAUUUGAAUGUAUGUAGUGUCCUGUCCUUGCUACUGGAGCAUUGCAGAGUCGAGACCUUUCUGGGAACAUUGGAAAACACUGUGCCUUGUCUAUUUUCUUGUGGGUCUUGGAUGGCUCGUGCGUGUCCACAGGAGCUGGGUCACUCUCCAGGCACUGCAGCAAACGGAGUGGACACUUGUCUGGUUGGGGCUGAAGUCCUCGGCUUGGAGCCAUGCUGGGGAGAUGAAUGCGCACCGGGCAGAGCUGAUCACUUCGAGUCCCACCACGGUAUUUGUGAGGACGCCGGUUUCAGCUCCACGGCCAGCUCCCACCAUCUUCCAGCUGCCAUGCUGGCACUCGUCAGGAGGAGCUGCUCCUCCAGCCUGGAUCCAUCCUUGUGCUCCCUGCUUGUUCCCAGGCUGUCAGCUGGCCUGGCGCUGGCUCCCCCCAUGGCGGGCAGGUAAAACCCGGGGCAGGGGGGGUGAUGGGGCUGCUGCUCCUCCUUUUGCCUGUGUGAUGGGCAGUCUGGGAGGCCACAAGGCGAAUAAUGGUGCAGAAGAAUGGAGCCUGUGGGUGUCACCAGUUCCUGGGGCUUAAAAAUGUCAUUUGCUGUAGAGCGAGGUGUCUGUUACAAGCUCCGAUUCAUUUGUAUAGCAAGAUGUAUGUUAUGUACCUUUUUUUAGAAAUAAAAGUAAUA